AUGAGUUUCUCUAAUGUUCCCGCUAAAGCAGAGGUGAUGGGAUGGAAUCCCCAAACUCUAGCUGACUACAUGAGGAGGCUUAAAUUUUCGGGCUGCGACAGAGUGGUGAUGAAGAGCAGCAUAAAUGGAGCACAGUUCAUGCAUAUGACAGAGUUUGACCUACAGGUGUUUCCCUGCCUCUAUCGCCCAAUAAUUACUAAGAUACAAAGUGAAAUCAACAGAGAAGAGAACAAGAAAGCCUCUGGUCACAAAUUAAGAGCACUGAUGUUUCCAAAACAAGGUAAAGUAUUUGUACAACAGGAAGAAGUUUUGGAAUCAGAUGAGUCUGACAGCGACAGUGAUGACACAGUCUAUGAGGGUCCAGAUCAGGAAGCAGAAGAAAAUUCCAGCUGCACUGCGGAUGUGCAGCAAUACAGUGACAGGACAGAUGAAGGUAAACACAAGCUGUCUGCUGCUAGAGACCCUGUGAAGCCACCACGACCCCCGAGAGGACCGAAGCUUCUGGGCUGCAAAGACCCUGCUCCCGAUCCAACGCUCACUCAAAGAACCUCCAAACCUCCACUGCCAACAUCCCCAAGGGGGAAUCACAUCCUCGAAAGACUCUUAAAGCCACCAGUAGGUCCACAUAUAGACCGGAGUAAGAAGCCUGAAGAGCCUAGACUGUCCCAGAAAGACAUUCCAAAAUUAAAGGGCAGUGCUGUAAAGGACGCUGGCAGCAAUCUUCAUCAUCCAACAGUCCCUAAGCCUACCGAGGCGUCCAAUAGGGCAAGCAAAUUAACUCCAGAUCAAUCAGCAAUAACACAAAGUACUGAGGAAUGCAACUUUAUACCAAGACCGAGAAAGGGCUUGGGUCGCAGCUGGUAUGGAGGAAAGGUGACCAGACAUCAAGCUGAGAUUGCUCUUCGGGAGGUGAACAAGGAUGGUGCGUUUGUGGUGAGGGACAGCUCAAAAGGCUCAGUCGAGCACCCCUUCACCCUGAUGCUGCUGUAUCAAGGCAAGGUUUACAACAUCAAAAUCCGUUUCCAAGGCAACACUUACUCCCUCGGCAGUGGGUUCAAAAACACCCAGAGUUUCCCUGGGGUGAAAGAGAUGAUUGCCCAUCACACACACACCCCGCUGCGGCUCAUUGAUGCCACAGACCAGACUUCUGAAGAGCAGCUCCAAAGUUGUCUGCUGCACCCUGCAGCACUCUGA